GGCGCGGGGCGCGCUUAUUGGCCGGCGGCGGGCGGGCGGGGCGGAGGUAGGCAGGGGCUGGCGCUGGUCGCUCUGUGUCCCCGCUGCUGCAGCAAGAUGGACUUCAACGUGAAGAAGCUGGCGUCCGACGCGGGGGUCUUCUUCACCCGGGCCGUGCAGUUUACUGAGGAAAAGCUGGGCCAAGCUGAGAAGACUGAACUAGAUGCACACUUUGAAAACCUUCUGGCCAGGGCAGACAGCACCAAGAACUGGACCGAGAAGAUUUUGCGUCAGACUGAAGUCUUGCUACAGCCAAACCCGAGUGCCAGAGUGGAAGAAUUCCUCUAUGAGAAACUAGACCGGAAGGUCCCAUCUCGGGUCACCAAUGGGGAGCUGCUGGCCCAGUACAUGUUGGAGGCAGCCAAUGACUUUGGGCCAGGGACUCCCUAUGGAAAGACCCUUAUCAAAGUGGGAGAGACCCAGAGGCGGCUGGGAGCAGCUGAACGAGACUUCAUCCACUCUUCCUCCAUCAACUUCCUGACUCCUUUGCGCAACUUCUUGGAAGGGGAUUGGCGAACUAUCUCUAAAGAGAGGAGAAUCCUGCAGAACCGUCGUCUGGAUCUGGAUGUCUCCAAGGCCAGGUUGAAGAAAGCCAAGGCAGCUGAGGCAAAAGCAGCGGCUGUGCCUGACUUUCACGAGACUAGACCUCGUAAUUUCGUUCUCUCCGCCAGCGCAUCAGCGCUUUGGAACGACGAGGUGGAAAAAGCAGAACAUGAGCUUCGGGUGGCCCAGACAGAGUUUGACCGGCAGGCAGAGGUGACGCGUCUCUUGCUGGAGGGGAUCAGCAGCACACAUGUGAAUCACCUCCGCUGUCUCCAUGAGUUUGCAGAAUCUCAGACCAACUACUAUGCUCAGUGUUACCAGUACAUGUUGGACCUGCAGAAGCAGCUGGGCAGCUCCAGAGGAGAAAUACUUCCAGGCACCUUUGUUGGCAAUGCAGAAUCCACAUCGCCUCCCCCAGCCACCACCUCUCCCACUACUGUUGCUGCUGCCACCAUUCCUGUUGUGCCCACCAUUCCUGUUGUGCCCACUGUAGUUGGGGCACCCAACCCCACUGCAGCUGCAGAGGGGACACUGAACCCGAAUGAAGUCAAGCCCCCUGCCAGUGGGACACGAAAGGCCCGUGUUCUCUAUGACUACGAAGCAGCAGACAGCAGUGAGCUGGCACUUCUAGCAGAUGAGAUGAUCACUGUGUACAGCCUGCCGGGCAUGGAUCCAGACUGGCUGAUAGGGGAGAGGGGUAACCAGAAGGGAAAAGUUCCUGUUACCUACUUAGAACUGCUCAGUUAAAUGCUGGCGGGAAGGAGAUUCUACAAGCAAAAUGCAUCCCUCCAUCUCCUAGCAUUUUGAAGGCAGAUUUCUUCAUGAGACCAUUGCUCUCUCUUCAGGGUCAAAACUCACUAACAUAGGAUUUGAGAAAGGCAAUGAGGCUGGUGCUAAAUGGUGGGUUUUUGCGGGUGGGGUGUGGGAGAAAAGGGUCACUGUCGCCUUUUCCAGGCCCCAGGACUGAAUUCAUUAACUACCAAUGCUGCCUGUUUUGAGGGUUAGUUGUCAUGGACGCAUGAUGUUCCUUCCCUCCCUGCCCUGGUCUUGUUUAAUGCGCUGGCUUCCCAGGAGCCAGCGCUGUCUCCUUGCUCAGCAGCUGCUCGCUGGGGUGGGGAUCACAGUUUCUUGUGUUCAGUAGUACCCAUCUCUCCCUCUGUCCUUUUUUGUCUCUUUAGAUGUUCUUCCUGAGUACUUUUUUUGCCUGGGCCAAACUUUGUGUUCUAGUGGGGACCCAAGUCCCUUUCCAAAUCUACCCAUGCUUAAACACUAACUGUGGUAUGUUCCAACUCCAAAGAACAAACAGAUUAAGAGUUUUUCUCUACAGCUGAACAAAGAACUAGUUAAGAAAACAAUUCUCAAUCCAAAGUACUCUUAGUCUGUGGGUAACAAUGUAGGGCUUCAUAGCAGCCUUGCUUGGCACUAAUAGUGUCUGGCUAUGACCUGGUACAGUGACCUGUGAAAUGGAAAGAAAGCUUCUCGGAUCAGAACAAAUUAACUACCCAGGGCCCAUAUUGCAAGAAUGAACUUUCUCAGUGCAAGGGACCAUGCAUCUUGCUUGCAUUUCCUCCAAGAAAUUAGUCUUGGGCUGGAAGGAGUUUACAAACCUUUUAAAAGAAACAAAGUAAGCUUUGCUCUGUGUUACUUGUCCAGGCUCACUUAUUUUCCUUUUUGUGUGGGUUUUUUUUUUUCCAGGCCUGCUUUUUACAGGGGUGGGGGAUUAGCCUGAUUAGUUAUUUCUUAAAUAUCAAAUUGUUUAAUUCUAAUGCCUUCCUCCCCUCUAGUAGAGAACAGACCUGGUGUAUCCUUAUGGCAUGAGGGAUGUUUCACUGGCACUUCUGACCAUAUACCAAGCAGCAGUUAAAACUCUCUGCUUUUUUUCACCCCUACCCCAUUUGCUCUCAAAGAUGCCCUUGUGACUUACCUCCCACCAUUCUCUGUGGUGGAUUUAAAGUCCUCAAUUCUGGGUGAGAAGAGCUAAGUGAAAAGAUCUGGAUAGUGAAACUAGUCUGUCAGUGAGCUGGGUAGAAAAGUAGCACUUGACUGCACCAAGAUCUGUUCCCUACCCUACCCUUGGUAUGUCUAGACACUGACUUGCUUGUUUGUUCAUUGAUCUUUUUGC